CUCUUUAUAAGGUCAUUACUUCAAUCAUUUGCCAGCAUAUUGAUAGGCACGUUCGGAGGUGGGGAGUCAUGAGUGAAGAGCAAAAAGGGUGUCGUAAGGGAAGCCUCGGUUGCAAGGAACAGCUUACUAUUGACUCGGUUGUCCUGAAGCAAGCGGAGAAGGAACACCGAAAUCUACAUGUAGGGUACAUUGAUUAUAAAAAGGCAUUCGAUUCAAUUCCUCAUAGUUGGCUGCUACGUGUCCUGAACAUCUACAAGGUCCACCCGGUAAUUGUGAAGUUUUUGGAGGGUGUAAUGACCACUUGGCGCACGCGAGUAGUCGUCAGUGGCUCUGGUAGUCCUACAGUAACGGGCGUAAUUUUGAUCAAGCGUGGAAUUUUCCAAGGGGACGGCCUUAGUGCCCUAUGGUUCUGUCUGGGGCUUAACCCGCUUUCGAAUCGUGUUAGUAGAGAAAAUCUGGGGUUUUCCUUGCGUCUUGGUGGGGAGGAGAUCCACAAGGUCAGUCACUUACUGUAUAUGGAUGACAUUAAGAUCUAUGCCUCUAAGAAAGACCAUCUUAGGCAGCUCCUUGGUAUCGUGGAAGGAGUAAGUGAGGAUAUUUGUAUGGAAUUCGGAGUACAAAAGUGUAAAACGCUUCAUGUUGAGAGAGGCAUCAUUAUUGAGGAGGAAGGCAUUGUUACCAACUCUGGAAAUGUUAUUGGAACGCUUUCCGCUGAUGAACUUUAUAAGUAUUUAGGUAUGCUGCAAAACCUAGGCAUCAAGAAGGAUAAAGUUAAAGAACGCCUCACCGCCUUAUUUGUCAGUCGUCUCAAAGCGGUGCUAAAUACCUCACUAAAUUCCAAGAACAUGACCAAAGCAAUUAACACUUACGUUAUAGCCGCCCUUUCCUACUCGUUUGGUAUUGUCCCUUGGUCAGACACUGAAUUGGAAGGUCUGAACAGGACCAUAAGAACGUCCUUAACCAAGUUGGGCAAGCAUCAUCCAAAAGCUGCAAUUGAGCGGGUUAACAUCCCCAGAAGAGAGGGUGGAAGAGGUAUCCUUGACUUGCGAGAGGCAUGUCAUGGUCAGAUUUGCAUGCUCCGAAAUCACUUUCUAAGUAGGGAGGAUAGUACUUUGCAUGUUGCAAUAUGCCGCGUUGAUAAGUCUUACACGCCCCUCCGAAUAGCUGCGCAUAACCCUGAAGAGCAGCAGGCGUUUGACUUGUUACCGAGAAAGCUGGAGAACUGGGUAGGUAAACCGCUACAUGGCCGCCACGUCAACCUGGUGCAGCAAGAGCAUGUGAAUCAGGCUAAGUCAUAUCUAUGGCUCACGAAGGGACAGCUUUACCCAGAGACGGAGGGGUUCGCAAUUGCUAUCCAGGAUCAGGUAAUUGGUACGAGGAACUAUAGGAAGUAUAUCACGAAGGAAAACACAGGUAGCGACAAGUGUAGAAGAUGUAAUGCGGCCCCUGAAACAAUAGAUCAUAUCACUUCUGCCUGUGCUCAGCUUGCGGCGAAGGAAUAUACGGAGCGUCAUGACACCAUGGGAAAAAUAGUGUAUCAAGCCUUGGCAAGUAAUUGCGAUCUGUUGGAGAAUCCGGAACCUUACUAUCGGUAUAAUCCGCCACCUGUACUUGAGAAUCAGCGAUAUCGCCUGUAUUGGAACAACCCAGUCCUAACUGAUAGGAUGGUUAUGGCUAAUAGACCUGACGUCAUCUUGAUAGAUAAACAGGCGCGUGUUGUGCAGCUCUUGGAUUUUAGCAUCCCUAACGGACACAAUUUGUUGUCGAAGUAUGAGGAAAAGAUAUCAAAAUAUAUGCCUCUCUCUGUGGAAAUUAAGAGAAUUUGGGCCAUGGACAUUGUCUAUAUUAGGCCUAUUAUCAUGUCCGUCACAGGAGUCGUACCGGAGAGCCUAAUUAAACACCUAAAAGAGCUGAAACUCCCGGAUCACCUUCUCCACACCAUGCAGAAGUCAGUUAUUCUCAGCACCUGCAAUAUAGUUCGGAGUUUCCUUAACAUGGAAUAG